UCUGUGUUGUUUUGAAUAUGAGUAUCUAACUUGAUUUGUUUGCAUUUGAAUUGAAUGAGAAACAGUUUGGUGACGAUGCGGAGAGAGAGGGCAUUGUUCCUGCUACUGCUACUGCUACUUCUACUCCAUCAUAUUUGUGCUUCCAAGGCCCACAAAAAACACCGUUGUUUUCCUUCUUCCUGUGGAAAAAUCACCAACAUCAGUUAUCCAUUUCGAUUAAACGGCGACCCAGAGAAGUGUGGUGAGGAAAGGUAUGAGCUUGGUUGUGAAAAUAAUGUUACGCUGUUGUAUAUGAACUCAGAAGAAUUCCAUGUGGAGGCAAUAAACUACAAGAACUACACGGUGAGAGUGGUUGAUCCUGCACUUCAACUCCACAAUUGCUCAUCCCAUCCUCUGCGUUCCCUCUCUCGCUCCAAUUUCUCUGAUAGUUACACUUACACUUACUCUUUGGAUCCAUACCAAGCCGGUCUAAGUUCGUAUGAAAAUCGGGAAUCUCUGAUUUUCGAGCAUAUAGUGUUUCUGAGUUGUAACCAUUCGGUGAGAGAGAAUGGGAAGUAUCUGAAAACAGAAGAGUGCGUGAAGUGGGACUCAAAGGGAUAUGCAUAUGCUGUUGUUGGUGACUUAAAAGCAGAGGACUUGGAAGUUGGGUGUGACAUAAAGCUUGUUGUUCCAACAUCUUUGAGGACUUUCAAUAACCAUUCCUACACUUCCAUGCACAACAGCUUGGCCUAUGGAUUUGAGAUUUCUUGGAUAAAACUCGCCUGCCAGAAUUGUCCACUUAGAUUCUGCUAUUUCGACUCUGCGAGCCAGAAACUUGGUUGCCGACCUUUUUAUACUUCUCUCGCAUGUUCUCUCGCAUGGGCUUACAAAAUUUUGUUCGGAUUGCCAUUCUUAAUUGUGAUUUUUAUAUGUAAAUGGAGGAAAAGACAUGCAUCAACAUAUGCAAAUAUUGAAAACUACCUUGAACAAAAUCAUUUGGCACCUAUUAGAUAUUCAUACAAGGAAAUUAAGAAGAUGACCGGAGGUUUUAAAGAGAAGUUAGGUGAAGGAGGAUUUGGCUUUGUCUUUAAGGCAAAGUUGCGGAGCGGACCUUUUGUGGCAAUCAAAAUGUUAGGUAAAUCUAAAGGAAAUGGACAAGAUUUUAUAAACGAAGUUGCAACCAUUGGAAGGAUACAUCAUCAAAAUGUGGUACAAUUAAUUGGAUUUUGUGCUAGUGGCUCAAAGCGUGCUCUUGUUUAUGAAUUCAUGUCCAAUGGAUCUCUUGAUAAACUUAUAUUUUCAAGGGCUGGAAGUAUAGAUUUAAGCUAUAAGAAAAUACAUAAUAUAUCAAUUGGAGUGGCUCGUGGGAUUGCUUAUCUCCAUCAUGGGUGUGAGAUGCAGAUUUUGCAUUUCGAUAUCAAACCCCAUAACAUCUUACUCGAUGAAAACUUUAUCCCAAAGGUUUCUGACUUUGGAUUAGCAAAGCUAUAUCCAAUAGAUAGUAGCAUUGUCACAAUGACGACAACAAGAGGAACUAUUGGAUAUAUGGCUCCAGAAUUGUUUUACAAUAAUGUUGGAGGAAUAUCUCAUAAAGCUGAUGUCUAUAGCUUCGGAAUGUUAUUGAUGGAGAUGGCAAGCAAAAGGAAUAAUCUAAAUCCCCAUGUAGAAUACUCAAGUCAACUUUACUUUCCCCUUUGGAUCUAUAAUCAUAUUAGAGAAGAGGAAGAUAUAGAUAUAAAAGAUUUGACUAAAGAGGAAAAGAUAAUAGCAAAAAAACUUAUCAUAGUUGCUCUUUGGUGCAUACAAUUGAAACCAAACGAUCGUCCUUCAAUGAACAAAGUAGUGGAAAUGCUUGAGGGAGGCGUUGAGGACUUGGAAAUUCCUCCAAAACCUACUUUAUUUCCUGAUGAAACGAGUUUAGAGGAUCAAACAACUAGCUCUAUCUAAAUGGUUUUGAAUGAAUUCAUCUAGUAGUGAUUGAAAUUAAGGUAGUUGAAGGUUAUAGGAUUGCAAGGAGAAGAAGGUUGCAUGAAGAAAUGGAGAGAAUUCACAUUGCAUUGGUGGAAAAGAGAAA